UGCACUUUCGGCGUGUGUGAGCUGCCCUAAUUACUAAGAAAAACGAUGACGAAGAUGGAGGUGGUGGAGACGGCGAUGGUGGUGACGCCGAGCGAGGAGAUGCGCCGACAGGGUCUGUGGCUGUCCAACCUAGAUCUCCAAUCUCCCCACAUCUACACGACGGUCCUCAACUACUACCCAGCUCCAGCAGGGCGCCCAGAGCACGGGGGCGGCGCGUGCGACCCUGAGCGGCUCAAGGUGGCGCUGGCCAGGGCGCUGGUGCCGUUCUACCCUCUGGCCGGGCGGCUCUGCCUGGGAGAGGAUGGCCGGCGGUAUGUCGACUGCAACGGAGAGGGCGUGCGAUUCUUUGUUGCCCGUGCGGACGUGACUGGCCCGGAGCUGUUCAAAGACUACCAGCCGUCGCCGGAGGUGACGGAGACAUUCGUGCCAGACAUGCCGCCCGAGGAGCUCCCCUGCAUGGUGGCCUUGUUUCAGCUGACCUUCCUCAAGUGUGGCGGCGUGGUGCUGUCCUCAAGCUUCCACCACGCAGUCGUAGACGGCACCAGCCUAUUCCACUUCAUGCAGUCAUGGUCCAGGCUAGCCCGAGGCCUCGACGCGGCCGAGGCUGUCGGGCCACAGGCGCCGUUCCACGACCGGACCUCCCUCCGCGCGCGCGCACCGCCGCUCCAGCAGAUGGGUGCACCACCAGCACCAGCAGCCCACUCACUGAACUUCGCCGCCACCAGCUGCCCCCGCGCUUUCGUCGCCCGCGUCUACCCGUUCCCGCACACUCUCGUCCACGAGCUCACGUCGCGAUGCUGCGGAUCCGGAGCCACCGGCGUCUCCAGGUUCGCCGCCGUCACCGCGCAAUCUGGCGCUGCAUGUGCGUCGCUCGGCGGCUGGCACCGGCCUCCGACACCCACCUGGGCGUGAUAGUGAACGUGCGCGCGCGGCUGCGCCCGCCGCUCCCGCACAGCUUCUUCGGCAACGCCGCGCUGCAGGCGCCCGCCCUGCCACGGCGGGUCGGGGACGUCAUUGACGGCCCACCCGCGUCCGUGGUUGGGAUGAUCAUGGACGCGGUGAACAGUGUGGACGACACGUACGUACGCGCCGUGGUGGACUACCAUGAGCUGCCGAAGGAGAAUCUCGUCCUGGGGGCGAUGGAGCCACCGGAAUCAGAUGUGGCCAUGGUCAGCUGGCUGGGGAUGCCGCUGUAUGACGCUGACUUCGGCUGGGGCGUGCCCGAGCUCGUCAUGCCGACGACGGUGUCUGUCUUCAGCGGCAUGGUCCUCGUGCUGCCGCGUGGUCUUGACAAGGAGAGCGGAAUCAUCGUGGUGGUCAAUCUGGAGCCCGAAUACCUGCCGGCCUUGAAAAAGCUCCUCUAUGACGUCGUCCUGUGAGCUCACAGCACCGACCUGUAAUUUUCAUAUGCAUAUACAG